AUGGCGGGCGGCCCUUACACGUCUGCUAUGGGCCGCGUAGUGAAUGUUCCUAAGACACACCGGACAUUCUGCAAGAAGUGUGGCAAGCACCAACCCCACAAGGUAACCCAGUACAAGAAGGGUAAGGAUUCUCUGUCUGCCCAGGGGAAGCGCGCUAUGACAGGAAACAGAGGCAUGGUGGGCAGGCUAAGUCUUUUCCGCAAAAAGGUUAAAACUGCAAUGAAGAUUGUGCUGAGCCUGGAGUGCCUGGAGCCCAGCUGCAGAUGUGAGGGAAUGCUGGCUCGGAAGAGAUGCAAGCAUUUUGAACUGGGAGGUGACAAGAAGAGAAAGAGCCAAGGGAUCCAGUUCUAA